GCAAUUAGGCUGGAGGCGGUAGGGCGUGAUGAGGCAUAUCUGACAUCAGCAGAGUGAGGAGGAGAAGAGGUAGUGACAGCACCCAUGGCUCAGCACUCAACCUUACACUGAUGCCUCACCUCACCUCAGCUCAUGAGUGAAGUCGACCGCAGCCUGCAACAACUCCUGGCUUCUUACGACCCCGCCGCGGCCAGACCCAAGCAGCCUCACCCUCAGGGAGAUAGAGGAAUGGUAAUGCCAGGCCAGAGUGGGAGGUCCUUUGACAUUAUCCGGCAGAUUGUCGGAAAUGUUGUCAAUAUCUUCAAUAAGCGGGCGUCGCCCUGCACCGCACCAUGUGAUGGCAUGGUGCUUAAGAUGCACUACCAGUGGACCUUCUGGGUCUUGCUUGGCGGCUUCUCUGCCAUCUGGUAUUCCUGGUACCACCGGGACGUGAUCACUUGUGCAUCUCACUUUAACGCUGAGACGCAGGUCAGGCUAGACUACAUCAACAUCUGUCUGUCUUACCCAUAUGUGGAGGGUGUGGGAGAGGACCUGGGGGAUGGGGAGGGCGGCCGGCGCUACCUCCUCUUCUACCGCUGGAUCCACUGGGCCCUGCUCCUGCUGGCGGGCUUCUAUUACAUCCCACGCAAGAUCUCCAAGACCUCCGAGAAUUCCAAGGUGAAGAAGCUCAUAGAAGACCUAGCAGUGAACGCCCACCGCUAUGACGGGCUGGAGCGAGAGCUGGUGGAUCGCACCGCCAAGUACAUCGCCUACAACCUCAAGACCCACAAUGGCCUUUACUACAAGUAUGUCACCUGCAACCUGGUGGCCCUGCUGGUGGACAUCUUCAGCUUCCAGUUUCUGGACUUUUUGUUCCAAGGGAGGUUUUUGCGGUACGGCUUCCAAGCUUACCCCUUCAACCGCGACCCCCAGCAGUUCAAUGACUACAUGUCUGACAUGUUCCCUCCAUUCGCCAACUGUGAGCUCCACAAUGAGGUGCAGCUCACCAACAAGCGGAUCGAGCGUCUGGGUUGCCACCUCACCGUGAUGGAGUUGUACGAGAAGGUGUUCCUGGUGCUGUGGCUGUGGCUCAUUGUCAUGACCACCAUGACUGUUGGCUACCUGUUCUUCCUGGCCCUCAUGUGGGUGCCAUGGGCACGGCUCAUUAUGCUGAGAAUUGCCAAGCCUCUCAAUGCCAAGGACACGAUCCGCAAUACCAUCUGUAGCAUCGUCAGCACCUGCAAGAUUGGAGAUGUGUAUCUCCUGUACCGCCUCAAGCAGCACUUCAGCCACGCUCGCUACUACGAGCUGCUGACACGCCUCUCUGACCAAGACUUCCUGCGCACAAUGAUGGACAGUGUGGCCAUCGACCACCACGGCCACAAGGGCGGCCAAGACCUGCGCCAACGCAAGAACAACCCUAAACCCCAAGGCAAGUUCCAAGAUGUGCUGUUUAACACCCCGGGUGAGGGUGGCUAUUUGCCCAACUCCAGUAUCUUAGUUGAAUAAGUAGCUGGAAAUGGAGGUUUUCAUUGGAAUGCAAGUUUGAAUCUGUGUCAAGUACUUAUCAGUGGAGAGUACAAACUUGCAAGGCAGUUGAGCUUGGCCUGCUGGCUGGCUGGCUUGUGGCAGGAGGGUGACUCAUGUUCACUGCUUCUUGCUAAACAAGUGUGGUGUGUGUAAGUGAGUGGCUGAGUGGAGGAUGACUGACUGCCUUGGACGAGUGACUGCUGUGUGAGUGGAAGUAGGUAAUUGCAUACUGUACUUAAGGUUAUUUUUGUGCAUUUUUUACUCUGCCAUUUUAUUAGCAUUUUUGUCUGGCAUUUUAUCCUAGCUGUUGCAUUUAACAAGACUGUAACUGAGCCAUAUCUGUUACUGUUUGGGGAGACACUGCCAAAUAAAUGCUCUGCUUCAGUCUGUUUUUAAUAAAACAAGAAAGCAA